GCCCCGCCCCGUGACGUCAUGACGCCCGCGCCGACGUCGUCCCCGUCGUCGCACGAGGCUUCCCCUUAGUAACCUGGGCGAUAGCUGGUAUUCACAAGGAUUGUUUUUAGUCAUGGCCUUGGGAUUAAAAUGCUUCCGUUUGAUCUACCCUGCUUGUAAUUACCUUGGAGUCUUGGUCAGACCUGUUUCAGAAAUUGCACUGAAGACAGUGAGUGGAAGACAGCCUGACCGUAGCCAGCACAUGGCUUAUCAGGUCCUACCAAUUCGCUCUUUUGCAACCAAGAAAGCCAAAGCCAAAGGGAAAGGACAAUCCCAAACCAGAGUGAACAUUAACACAGCUUUGGUUGAAGAUAUAAUCAACUUGGAAGAAGUGGAUGAAGAAAUGAAGUCUGUGAUAGAAGUACUCAAGGAUAAUUUCAAUAAGACUCUUAAUAUAAGGACUUCGCCAGGAUCCUUUGAUCAUAUUACUGUGGUAACUACUGAUGGGAAGCUUGCUUUAAACCAGAUUAGCCAGAUCACCAUGAAGUCGCCACAGUUGAUUUUGGUGAAUAUGGCCAGCUUCCCAGAGUGUACAGCUGCAGCUAUCAAGGCUAUAAGAGAAAGUGGAAUGAAUCUGAACCCAGAAGUGGAAGGGACGCUGAUUCGGGUACCUAUUCCUAAAGUAACCAGGGAGCACAGGGAGAUGCUGGUGAAACUGGCCAAACAGAACACCAACAAGGCCAAAGACUCUUUACGGAGAGUUCGUACUGAUGCAAUGAAUAAGCUGAAGAAGUCAAAGGAUAAGACUUCAGAGGAUACCAUUCGACUCAUAGAGAAACAGAUCAGCCAGAUGGCCGAUGACACUGUGGCAGAACUGGACAGGCAUCUGGCGGUGAAGACCAAAGAACUCCUUGGAUGAAAGUCCGGCAGGCCCAGCCACACUUCAGAGCCCAGUGCAUCCAGUGCAUUCCAUCAGGUCAACAUGAAACAGCACGUUGUGCCUGAGACUGCCCCUGUUGCACCAGCUGCUGACCCCAUGUGUCUUGGUGCUGCUCCAGCCGCCUCGACCUGUACUUGCCCUGAACAGCUCCACUUAGAAGCGCACGUGCGCCUCACUCAUCAAGCCCUUCCUGGAAGACAGCCUGCACCUGCUGCCUCCCACAUUUCCUUCUCGGAGCCAGGCGCCACCACCUGCCCAGGUGCCUCGCCUACUCCUCCAUCUUCCAGUCACCUGGUCCUGUCAAUGCUCCCUUUCAGAUUGCCUCUACUUUCUUUUCUAGUGGUGCUAUCAGGGAACAUUUGUGGCCAGUGUUGAGGCAGGCUUGCUUGUCCAGGGCUGUUAAGUAUUUGGCCCCUCCUUAGAGGUAGACAAGACCCCAGGGGAGUCCCUGCUUCUUCCGUCUUUGCAUGCCCUGACAAACACUGUUUGUUGACAGAACAGGUAUGGAGGAAAGAUUUUGUCUGGUUCUAAUGGGCCUGUCAGGUCUUGAAAGUAAAUGGGGUCAUAUUUAUAUCAGAAACCCAGUUUUUCUAACUCUUCUCACCUACUGGCUCAGGACCGUCAACCUAAUCUGCUAAGCCUGCCUCAAAAGUUUCUACACACCUCUUACAGGCCCAAAAAAGUGCCCACAAUCAUGGGCAUCUGCCAUUGUCUGUGCCAGGCUCCAUUGCUGGUGUCUGCAGCAGGGAUGCUGCUCGAGGAAACUUCACUUCGGCUCCAGCUGGUAGUGUCAGUGUCUGUGACACAGUGCUGGCUCCUGGGCUUGGGGUUGCCCUGAGCAGGCUGGGUGGGGCUUCUGCCCUAAUCCCAUGCCUGCGUUGGCCCCUGUGUUCCAAGGCAGCCUGCUGGCCUCCACAGCCCCUCAGGUCUUCCAGUUCAGCAGCUCCUCCCCAGGCUGACUACUGCCCCUGACAAGGCUGGCCCAUGGAGUAGGGCAGGGCAAAGUAAGACGGCAUAGAUCCCUGUUACUUUCCCUCCCAGGCUGUGGCCUCAACCAGAAUAGCUUAGUAGCUCUUCUUGCCAGAUACUACUCCACAGCCCUCUCCUUACAAAUAAUAAUGGUCCCUAACUAGACAUCGAUGGUUGGGAAACCCUUGGAGCUGGCUGUCAUGUUGCUUGUCUUACAGAUAAGGAUGGAAGCAUAGGGAGGCUAAAUUACUUGGUCACAGAUGUGCAGAGGAAGACUUGAGAUCUAGGGAGGCUGGUGCCUGAUCCCCUGGGAGGCAAGCUCCUGUUCAGACUGCCUGAUGGCUACCUGGGCAUCAGAUAUCAUUGAGCUGAGAGACCAGUGGGGCUGGAAAGGGCCUCAUGAGGCCGAGGAGAGCUUCCAGGCCAUCUCCCUUUCGUUCUUUACCACCAGUAAAGGUCACUCCACUUCUCGGGUAGGAUCAGUGGUUUCUAACAAGGAAGAGCCUGACCAAUGCCUGAUAUUUUCAUCCAUCAUUAACUUCUAAUAUGUUUGAAAAAAAGCAACAUACAAAUGUUUUUGUUAAAUUUAUGAACUUUGUCUUUAAUUUAAAAU